AUGUCGCUUUUUAGCUGUUUGUUAUUAUGGACUUUGUGGGCAGCGUGCAGUCAUGGAGCGAUGGAUGAAUGUACAGGCGAGUACGAUCGGCCUCAGCGCUGCAUGCCAGAGUUUGUUAACGCCGCUUUCAAUGUAACCGUAGUGGCCACCAACACUUGCGGCUCGCCGCCUGAAGAAUACUGUUUACAGACCGGGGUAACGGGAGUCACUAAAUCAUGCCACAUUUGCGAUGCCGGAGACCCCAGAAACUACCACGGCGCUGGAUUUCUCACCGAUUACAACACCCAGUCGGAUACCACCUGGUGGCAAAGUCAGACUAUGUUAGCGGGCAUCCAGUACCCGAACUCCAUCAACCUCACCCUUCACCUGGGCAAGGCUUUCGACAUCACCUAUGUGCGUCUGAAGUUUCACACCAGUCGUCCUGAGAGCUUUGCCAUCUACAAGCGCACUAGUGAAGACGGGCCCUGGAUUCCCUACCAGUACUACAGCGGCUCCUGCGAGAAGACCUACAGCAAGAUCAACCGCGGCUUCAUCCGCACCGGUGAGGACGAGCAGCAGGCUCUGUGCACGGAUGAGUUCAGUGACAUCUCACCGCUCAGCGGAGGAAACGUGGCCUUCUCCACACUCGAGGGCCGACCCAGCGCUUAUAAUUUCGACAACAGCCCUGUGCUGCAGGACUGGGUGACUGCCACGGACAUCAGAGUGACCCUGAACAGAUUAAACACUUUCGGAGAUGAAGUUUUCAACGAUCCCAAAGUUCUCAAAUCCUACUACUACGCCAUCUCUGACUUCGCUGUUGGAGGACGGUGCAAGUGUAACGGCCACGCCAGCGAGUGUGUGAAGAACGAGCGCAGCAAGCUGGUGUGUAACUGCAAACACAACACAGAGGGGCCAAACUGCAACGUGUGCAAGCCCUUCUACAAUGACCGUCCCUGGAGGAGAGCCACCGGUGAUAACGCCAACGAGUGUCUGCCUUGUGACUGUAAUGGAAAGAGUGGCGAAUGUUAUUUCGAUUCGGAGUUGUACCGUGCCACUGGUCACGGAGGGCACUGCCGCAACUGUGCCGACAAUACGGAUGGGCCGAACUGUGAGCGAUGCCGGGACAACUACUACAGAGACUCCUCCGGCCAGCGCUGUCUCUCCUGCAGCUGCAACCCAGUUGGUUCCCUCAGUACCCAGUGUGACAUCACCGGCAGAUGUAGCUGUAAGGCAGGAGUGACGGGCGAUAAGUGUGACAGAUGCCAGCCUGGUUAUCACACAUUGACUGCGGCAGGCUGCAGUCGCUGCUCUUGUAAUCGAGCCGGAAGCACGCAGGUGUGUGAUGUCCAAACCGGACGCUGCCAAUGUAAGGAAAACGUGGAUGGAUUCAACUGUGACAGGUGUAAACUGGGCUACUUUAACCUGGACCCCCAGAAUCCUCAGGGAUGUACUCCAUGCUUCUGCUUCCAGCAUUCCACUGUGUGUGAAAGUGCUGAUGGCUACAGCAUACACAAAGUUACCUCCACCUUCGACAGGGAUGAAGAGGGCUGGAGGGGACAGAAGAGAGACGGCUCUAGCGUUCCUGUGCAGUGGUCACCCACCACUCGAGAGAUCUCCCUCAUCUCAGAAGACUACAUCCCCAUCUACUUUGUGGCUCCAGAGAAGUUUCUUGGUGAUCAGCUGCUGAGCUAUGGUCAGAACCUCACGCUGAACUUCAGGAUUCAGCGACAUGAUGCACGACUCUCAGCGGAGGACGUUGUGCUGGAGGGGGCCGGCCAUCGGGUUGCUGUGCCACUUAUUGCCCAGGGCAAUUCCUACCCAGGAGAGGAGACACAAACCUUUGUGUUUAGACUCCAUGACACUACUGACUAUCCUUGGAGACCCACCAUAAAACACGCCGACUUCCAGAAACUUCUGCACAAUCUGACUUCGGUUAUGAUUCGUGGAACCUACAGUGCAAGGAGUGCAGGUUAUUUAGACAACGUGUCCCUUGUGACUGCCCGCCGUGGCCCUGGAACUCCUGCUCGUUGGGUUGAGAGGUGUACGUGUCCUAAGGGUUACGUGGGACAGCACUGUGAGCAGUGCGAUCUGGGAUAUAGGAGGAGCCAACCUGAGCUGGGCCGCUUUAGCAGUUGUGAAUCCUGCAACUGCCAUGGACACAGUGACAGUUGCGACCCUGUUACAGGAUUGUGUAACUGCCAGCACAGCACCACCGGCAAGAGCUGCGAGAGGUGUAAGGACGGGUUCUACGGUGACUCCACGGUCGGCUCUCCUUCAGACUGUGAACCCUGUCCCUGCCCCGCAGGUGCCACGUGUGCCGUGGUGCCCAGGACCAAAGAGGUGGUCUGUACAAACUGCCCAAAUGGAACCACAGGUAAGAGGUGUGAAUUAUGUGAUGAUGGCUUCUUCGGGGACCCUCUUGGUUCAAAUGGACGAGUCAGGGCGUGCCGUGCCUGCAGCUGCAACAACAACAUCGACCCCAAUGCUGUAGGCAACUGUAACCGAGAGACGGGCGAAUGCCUCAAGUGCAUCUACAACACAGCCGGAGUCUUCUGUGACCGUUGCAAAGAGGGUUUCUACGGCAAUGCCCGUGCCGCAAAUGUAUCAGACAAAUGCAAAUCGUGUUCGUGCUCUCCGUACGGGACAGUGGACAGCAAGACGACCUGCUCUCAGGUGAUGGGUCAGUGUCAGUGUCUUCCCCAUGUCAUUGACAGAGACUGCAGUGCAUGUGAGCCUGGUUUCUUCAACCUUCAGAGCGGCAAGGGAUGUGAACGAUGCAACUGUGACCCUAUCGGCUCCACAAACGGUCAGUGUGAUAUCGUUAGAGGCCAAUGCGAGUGUCAGCCAGGGGUCACAGGUCAACACUGUGAGCGCUGUGAGGUCAACUUCUUUGGAUUCAGUUCGUCGGGUUGCAAACCUUGCGACUGUGACCCAGAAGGCUCAGAGUCUGCUCAGUGCAAGGAAAACGGGCGUUGUCAGUGUCGCCCAGGCUUCGUGGGAGCUCGCUGCGACAUGUGUGAGGAGAACUACUUCUACAACCGCUCCACACCAGGUUGUCAGCAGUGUCCCAGCUGUUACAGCCUGGUCAGAGACAAGGUGAACCAGCAGAGACAGAAGCUCCAUGAGCUACAGAAUUUGAUUGAUAAUCUGGACAAUACUGAGAAUACAGUGAGUGACAAGGCCUUCGAGGAAAGACUGAAGGAGGCAGAGAAAACAAUAAUGGACUUACUGCAAGAGGCUCAGGCUAGCAAAGAAGUGGAUAAAGCCCUUUUGGACCGUCUAAACAACAUCAACAAGACCCUGAACAACCAGUGGAACCGACUGCAGAACAUCAAGAUCACCGUGGACAGCACAGGAACGCAGGCAGAUAGAGCACGGAAGCGAGUCCACGACGCAGAGGACCUGAUCAACACCGCUAGAGAGGAGCUGAACAAAGCCAAGGAGGCCAUCAGUAAAGUGGAUAUUAAAAUCCCCACAACCUCUGGAGAUCCAAACAAUAUGACACUUCUGGCAGAAGAAGCCCGCGUACUGUCCGAAAAACAUAAAGCAGAUGCUGAUCAGAUCGAGAAGAUCGCAAAGGACGCCAAUGACACUUCCACGAAGGCCUAUAAUAUGCUGAAGAAGGCGCUCGAUGGCGAGAACAAGACGAGCAACGACAUUGAUGAACUCAACAGGAAAUACGUCGAAGCAAAGGAUCUAGCCAAGAACCUGGAGAAACAGGCUGCUAAAAUACAAGCUGAAGCAGAAGAGGCAGGAGACAAAGCUUUGAAGAUCUACGCCAACCUGACCAGCUUGCCCCGAAUCGACACCAAAACAUUAGAGAAUGAGGCCAAUAAGAUAAAGAAGGAGGCAUCAGACCUGGACAAACUAAUAGACAAGACUGAGAAGGAGUACAAUGACCUGAGAGAGGACCUGAGGGGCAAAGAGACGGAGGUCCGCAAACUACUGGAAAAAGGAAAAACUGAGCAACAGACAGCUGAUCAGUUGCUGGCUCGUGCAGACGCAGCAAAGGCCUUGGCUGAGGAGGCAGCGAAAAAAGGCACCGCUACCUUCCGAGAGGCCCAGGACAUUCUGAACAACCUCAGAGAUUUUGACAAGAGAGUCAAUGACAACAAAACUGCUGCUGAGGAUGCCAUGAGGCGAAUCCCAGAAAUCAAUGCGACAAUCAAUGAAGCCAAUGAGAAGACCCGACGGGCCGAGGCGGCUUUAGGCAACGCAGCUGCAGAUGCUAAAGAAGCUAAAACGAAGGCAGAGGAAGCUGAGAAAAUAGCUAAUGAUGUGCAGAAGGGUUCAGCAAAGACAAAGACGGAUGCAGAAAAAGCUUUUGAAGACACCAUGAAACUGGAUGGAGAGGUGAACAGCAUGAUGGACCAGCUCACAGCUGCUGAGAAAGAGCUAGAGAAGAAGAAAGCUGAAGCAGAUGCUGACAUGAUGAUGGCAGCCAUGGCAUCUAAUAACGCUAAAGAAGCUGAGGACAAUGCCAAAAAUGCCAAAAAUGCUGUCAAGACAGUGCUGGGCACAAUCAAUGAAUUAUUAAAGCAGCUCAACAACAUCGAUAAGGUGGAUCUGAGCAAGCUGAAUCAGAUCGAAAACGCUCUGAAAGAUGCCAAGGACAAGAUGGCAGGAAGUGACCUGGACAAGAAGCUGAAGGAGCUGAACGACAUCGCUAAGAGCCAGGAGGACAUGAUCAGCGACUACGACCGUCAGAUCCAAGACAUUCGAAAGGACAUCAUGAACCUCAACGACAUCAAAAACACUCUGCCAGAGGGCUGCUUCAACACUCCGUCUCUGGAGCGGCCUUAACCUCUUCACGCCACACCGCUACGUCUGCCUUACACUCCCUGUGUUCUUCAGCAUCCCUCGCCACCAAAACAGCCCUUGUUUUGUUUCAGAUUCUUUUACUUGCAUUUUAUUUCCUUUUAUUAGGUUACUGUUUGUUUGUAUUUCUGUACGUUUCUUCAAAAUCAUGUUUUACAAACAGAAGACAAAAGCAGCUUUUAAUCUUUUGAUAUGCAGAAAUGCUAUGUGAAGAGGAAUGGCCGUGUGUGUGCGUGUGUGUGUGUGUGUUUGUCUGUAUUUGUGUGUGCAUGAGCUGUUAGGGGCCUCGAGUUGAACCCUCAUGACUGCACCACUUCCGGCUCUUCCUCUCAAAUCUCUUGUCUUUAAAACCGAAUCAAAAUUCCGACCUAAUCAGAAGUCAAGACGUUUGUUUGAGGACGUUUGCUACUUAAUCAUUGGUAACGCUAUUUGCUCAAAGCUAACAGUGAAGGAAUCUUAAUUUGUUCGCACUGCACAUCUUCUUCGCCCCUCGUGCUAGAUUUGGUAAUGCGAGUGAGUCGAACACGUAAACACAGUAUUUCAGUUCAUGUGUAUAUAAAUAGUUCAGUACUAAAAGUCCCUGCAUGGCUCCGCUGACUUCAUACAUUUCAUGGUUGCGACACAUUUCAGUUGUGUAUUUGUUUAGAUUUUUUUCAGACGCUGCUGCUUUAUUAAAGGUGUCCUGCGAACCACAUUAACAUGAGCAAAACUCAACACUAUGCAACUUUGUACACUGGCGUAGCAAGACUUUUAUCUGAUACACUGGUGCUAAGAAUUAUUUCAAAUGUUAUAUUUUUGUGUGAAUGUUUUUUUUUUUCUUCUUCUUCUUUUUUAUUAUAAUAUAGAGUUGAGGAACUGUUAUUUGUGUAAAUAUGCUUAAAUGAUUCAGGAACGGCUGAUUUUUGAAUCCAAGACCCAACCAGCCACCACGAGAAAAAAUUAAAUAAUCAGCCAAAACUUCUGCAUAAUAUAUAUAAUUAUAUAUAUAUAUAUAUAAUAUGUUCUGUGGUAUAAUACGCUUGCCUGUAUACAUGGCUCAGUGUUGCAUCAUAGCUAUAUCAUGUAUUUUAUUUGUGGCUAAUUUUCAGCGGAUGGUGGUGCGUAAUGUCUUGACCCUUUAAUUUGCACACCCCCAAAACAUCCAUAUAUGUCUCAAAAUGUCAUAUUUAUCAGAAUGAUUUGCUUUACUUGAGAUGGUAAGCUUAAUCACAUGUUGCUAGCUAACCAUCUCUUUAGUGCCUAAACACUUGGACGUAAUCUUCUAAAAAUGUGGACGUUGCAUCUUAAGUUAAAGAGAUCUUUUGAAAUCCAAAUAAUGGUUUAGAACACUUCACUGUUUGUUUCUCUCAGUUACCGCAUCCAUAUUUUCUUUAGUUACAGUCUCACUGGUUUGCUACAUUGAGCGGUUCCUCAGCCAGCAUUGCGAGAGAUUCAACUAUGGAAAGUGCCACUGUAAAGCAUUAGAUUAGAUCUAGACCUCUCCUCUCUACCACUGUGGACAUAAGUGCAACACGUACACGUUUAUGUAUAAAACAGUAUUUUUAAUUUAUAAAGUAUCAAGUAUUUGUGAUCUGUAGUUAGAGUAUGUGUUUGCUGCACAGUCUUGAUGUGGUCCUUUGGUUCUAGAGAGCGUCAUGGUUUUUAAAGACUCCCUUCCCUCUGUUUUAAUCAAGGCAUUGACAAACACUCACCCAAAGGACCUGACACACCUCUGCUUGUUACCUAUUUGACUGUAAAUUCAAUCAUAACAUUUGAAUAAUAAACAGUGGUUAUUACAGGA